CUUCCGGCAUGAAAACUCAUUUUUCACUCUCCUUGAAGCUCCUCCCUCAGCAACUCCAAUGGCCAUCGCCGCCGCAAUUACGUUGCCUCUCACAACCCCAAGCCGCCGUUUUCUUGCUUCUGCUUCUGCUAAUCCCAUUCGAUUUUCUUCUCCUUUAACUGCACAGCCAAAAUAUCUCAAAAUCGCCGCCGGUAGAGGAACACAGUGCCCUAAUUUCCGCAUUUGUGCGGCAUCUUCAAUGAGAAUCGAAGCUCCGGAAAAAGGUUCUCCAGAUUCUUUCCUUGACCGUAAGGAAAGCGACAUUCUUCACUUCGUCAAGUACCACGGCCUCGGCAACGACUUCAUAUUGGUUGACAAUAGAGAUACAACAGAACCUAAGGUCAGUCCUGAUCAAGCUGUGAAACUAUGUGACAGAAACUUCGGAAUUGGUGCUGAUGGCGUGAUAUUUGCAAUGCCGGGUGUCAAUGGCACUGAUUAUACCAUGCGGAUCUUCAAUUCAGAUGGAAGUGAGCCAGAGAUGUGUGGUAAUGGAAUUCGAUGCCUUGCCAAAUUUAUAGCUGAGCUUGAGAACUCCCGUGGAAAGCAAAGUUUCACCAUACAUACAGGGGCUGGACUUAUUGUUCCUGAGAUUCAAGAAGAUGGAAAGGUUAGGGUUGACAUGGGUGAACCCAUUCUGAAGGCAACAGAUGUACCCACGAAACUACCCCCUAAUAAAGAUCAAUCUGUUGUUAAAGCAAGACUAGAUGUAGAUGGAAGUGCAUGGAAUGUGACCUGUGUCAGUAUGGGAAAUCCUCAUUGUGUCACUUUUGGUACAUCACAAAGCCAGGAUUUGCAAGUAGAUGAAUUGAAUUUAUCAGACAUUGGUCCAAAGUUUGAACAUCAUGUGAUGUUCCCUGCUCGCACUAACACAGAAUUUGUACAAGUCUUCUCCCCAACACACCUUAAGAUGCGUGUCUGGGAACGUGGUGCAGGUGCGACACUAGCCUGUGGGACAGGAGCUUGUGCCGUUGUUGUUGCAGCAGUGCUCGAGGAUCGUGCUGCAAGGCGGUGUACUGUUGAUUUACCUGGUGGGCCUCUGGAUAUUGAGUGGAGUGAGAAAGACAACCAUAUCUACAUGACGGGGCCAGCAGAGGUAGUUUUCUAUGGGUCAGUUCCUCUUUAAGCCCUUGAAUUCAUUUCGAGGAGGCAGAGAAAGUGCAUUAGUUUCAUAUUGGUCGAAGAUGUAUAAGUAUCAUUAUUGAAUGGAGCAGGCUAUUCUUCUCAUUGGGAUACUCACACUCAUACAAUUAAUCGGUUGUCUUGAGGUUAGAGAAAUUACAUUAGGCAUAGACCUGUACAUACCAUGUACAAGAUCUACCCGAGCCAUUGACAUACCUAGUUUACGCCAUCAAGUGCUAUCGUGUAAAGUAAUUAGUUGAAUUAAGAGGCUUUUUAUAUUAUGUAAUACUCAAUGUAUCGGAAACAACCUCUUUGCCCUUCCUGGAGUAGGGGUAAGGUUGCGUAUAUCUUACCCUCUCCAGACCCCACUUGUGGGAAACUACUGGGUUUGUUGUUGUUGUUUGUAAUUACUCAGUGUUCCACAGAGCACAAAGUACAUGUUGAUGGAAAUAUAUAGACAAAAGGGCUGUAGAUAAUGAAUAUCUUCCUUUAGUUUUUAGUUUG